GGCAGAGGCGCGAGGCCCUCCUCCCGCCUCUCCGCCUACUCCAGCCUCCGCCGCCUCAGCUUCCCGAGCGAGCCCUGCGGCCGCCGGAGCAGCUCCCGCGGCGGAGCAGGAGCCGGAUGGUCAGAGGAGCCCGGCAGCCCCAGCAGCCGCGGAGUCGCCUGGCCCCCAGACUGACUGGCACAGUGGAGAAACCGCCUCGAAAACGGAGAAGCAGGACUGAAUUUGCUCUUAAAGAAAUCAUGUCCUCUGGAGGUGCUGAAGAUGAUAUCCCACAGGGAGAGAGGAAAACAGUUACAGAUUUUUGUUAUCUUCUGGAUAAAUCUAAGCAACUGUUCAAUGGGUUAAGAGAUUUGCCACAAUAUGGACAGAAGCAGUGGCAGUCCUAUUUUGGAAGAACUUUUGAUGUUUACACCAAACUCUGGAAGUUCCAGCAGCAGCAUCGACAAGUCUUGGAUAAUCGGUAUGGCUUGAAGCGCUGGCAAAUAGGAGAAAUUGCUUCCAAGAUUGGGCAGCUAUACUAUCAUUAUUACUUACGCACAUCUGAAACCAGCUAUCUGAAUGAGGCUUUUUCCUUCUAUUCUGCAAUCAGACAGAGAUCAUAUUAUUCUCAAGUCAAUAAAGAAGACAGACCUGAAUUAGUAGUUAAGAAGUUACGAUAUUAUGCAAGAUUUAUAGUAGUUUGUCUUCUUCUCAACAAAAUGGAUGUUGUAAAGGAUCUGGUAAAGGAAUUGUCAGAUGAAAUUGAAGAUUAUACUCACCGAUUUAAUACUGAAGAUCAAGUGGAAUGGAACUUGGUGCUUCAAGAAGUAGCAGCUUUCAUUGAGGCGGACCCUGUAAUGGUAUUAAAUGAUGAUAAUACCAUUGUUAUCACAUCGAAUCGCCUUGCUGAAACAGGAGCCCCCUUGCUGGAACAGGGCAUGAUUGUGGGACAGUUGUCUCUGGCUGAUGCACUCAUUAUUGGUAAUUGUAAUAACCAGGUUAAGUUCAGUGAACUAACUGUUGACAUGUUCCGGAUGUUACAAGCUCUGGAAAGGGAGCCAAUGAAUUUAGCUUCCCAGAUGAAUAAACCAGGAAUGCAGGAAUCAGCUGACAAGCCUACUAGACGAGAAAAUCCCCACAAGUAUCUUCUCUAUAAACCAACCUUCAGCCAACUAUAUACCUUCUUAGCAGCAUCUUUUAAGGAGCUGCCUGCCAAUAGUGUGCUUCUGAUUUACCUGUCGGCCACUGGCGUUUUCCCCACAGGUCGUUCUGAUAGUGAAGGUCCUUAUGAUUUUGGAGGCGUACUUACUAAUAGUAACCGGGAUAUUAUUAAUGGAGAUGCUAUCCACAAACGAAAUCAGUCCCACAAGGAAAUGCACUGCCUUCAUCCCGGAGAUCUCUAUCCUUUCACCAGGAAGCCCCUGUUCAUCAUUGUGGAUUCAUCUAAUAGUGUUGCAUACAAGAAUUUCACAAACUUGUUUGGACAACCACUAGUCUGCUUGCUUUCUCCUACAGCAUAUCCAAAAGCUUUACAAGAUCAAUCUCAGCGAGGUAGCCUCUUCACUCUCUUUUUGAACAAUCCUCUAAUGGCCUUCCUAUUUGUCUCUGGAUUGUCAAGCAUGCGCAGAGGCCUAUGGGAAAAGUGUCAAGAAUAUCUUCGGAAAAUCAACCGUGAUAUUGCCCAGCUACUGACUCAUUCACGUUCAAUAGAUCAGGCAUUUCUCCAGUUUUUUGGAGAUGAAUUUCUUCGCUUGCUCCUCACAAGAUUUAUCUUUUGUUCAGCCACCAUGAGGAUGCACAAGAUUUUUCGGGAAACACGAAAUUAUCCAGAAUCAUAUCCACAACUGCCAAGGGAUGAAACAGUGGAGAAUCCUCAUCUCCAGAAGCACAUUUUGGAAUUAGCAUCCAUUCUGGAUGUUCGAAACGUGUUCUUUGAGAAUACCAUUGAUGACUAUUAAAACAAAAACCCUCUUGUCGAAACAAGUUUUCAUUUUCCACAAAUUUUAAAUGGUGCAGUUUUCUAAUGUGAUAAGACACAUAGUGGUGUUACUUAGUUUUUAUUUUUUAAUUUAGGGCCACCAUUUUAAAAACAAACUGAGAAAAAAAAAUGUUCACACUUUUAGGGCAACUGUUUUAAAAUGCAACCUUUCAGGUCUUUUAAAAUCUUAAUCUUGGAAUUUUUAUUUUUUGAUUUUGAGGGAUGGAUAUUUACCUCCAACUUCUAAUCCUACACUCAAAUAGUCACUAUUCUCACCCUGAGAAGAAAAAAUGAUUUAUUUUUGUAUAAUGAGGUAAAUCCAACUCUUAUACUAGGACCUAAGUUAAAUGUCUGGAUUUGGAAAUAUGUAAUCGUUCGUAAUGAUGAAGCUAGCCACCGUGGACUACUGAAAAUCAGGAACAGAGUCCCUCCAUAAUAUAUUUUUUCUCAUUCCAACUUAGCUGGUAGAAAAAUGUUUGAUUCUUUGAAACAUGAUCAAGCCAGUUUUUGAAAUCAUUUAAUUUCUUUCAAUACUGUCAUAAUAUCAGAAAUUAGAUUGAAUUGCAUCUGAAAGCUAGAUCUUAAUUGAGGACUUGAGAUGAUAAAUAUUACUUGGAAUGUAUGAGUAUUGUGUUAUAAGAUUUAUUUGCAUAUUUUCUUUGUAGUCUGUGAAUGCUGGAAA